AUUGUGAAUGCCGUCCUGGGACACAGGGGGGUGUGAAGGACAACUGGGGACACUGAAUAAAGGGCCUGCCGCUGCCAAAGACCCCGACCCAGUCUGCUUGAGCCUCUCAAGUGUCACUUCCCCUUUCUGGCAAGCAGCGUCCCCCGCAGGUCUCCAUGGCACCCAAGAAGAAGGAAGAGCCCAAACCAGCUCCUCCUCCCAAGCCUCCAUCGCCCGAGCCCCCCAAGGAGCCUGAAUUUGACCCCAAAGCCAUACAGAUUGAAUUCACAGCUGAACAGAUUGAAGAUUUCAAGGAUGCUUUCCAGCUGUUUGACAGAACACCGACCAACGAGAUGAAGAUCACGUACGCCCAGUGCGGCGACCUGAUCCGGGCCCUCGGUCAGAACCCGACCAACGCCGAGGUCAUGCACGUCUUGGGCAAGCCAAAGGCUGAGGACAUGCAAGUCAAGAUGCUCGACUUCGAAACUUUCCUGCCCAUGCACCAGCACAUCUGCAAGGCGAAGGACCGCGGCACAUUUGAGGACUUUGUUGAGGGCCUGAGGGUGUUUGACAAGGAGGGGAACGGCACAGUCAUGGGGGCCGAGCUGAGGCACGUUCUGGCCACACUGGGUGAGAAGAUGAAAGAAGAUGAGGUCGAGCAGCUCAUGGCUGGGCAGGAGGACGCCAACGGCUGCAUAAACUACGAAGCUUUUGUAAAACACAUCAUGGCAGGGUAAACAGGGAUCCAACCGUCUAUUGACUGGAAGCUGUCCUCAUUUUUUUAAAUGCUACCCUUCAUUUUCACUGAGAGCAUCCUCCUUUUGCAGUCUGCUGGGAAAUACUGCAAAGCACCACUCCAGCCACCGUUUUUAUAUCACUCCCCAUCAUGUUGCCCUGAAACAAUCACUGUGCGACACCAAUGUUUCUUCUUACAUUGUGGAACAAACAUUUUAAUAAAGCAGAACGACACGUGAA